AGAGAGCAGGGCCGACAUCGUGCCAGAAUCGAAACCGGACGAGCUGGCAAUGUGAUCGGGCUCAGCAGCUCUGUCUAUGGACAUACCUAAUGGCAGAGGAUAAGAGACUGAAGAGGAUGACAGGGGAAGCUGCGUAGAGAAAAGCAGAGAGAAGACGUCGGACAAGAGUAAAUAGAGGUGAAGCAUCAUGGGGAAACACAACAGCAAGCUGGCUCCAGAGGUCCUGGAUGACCUGACCAAGAACACCGAAUUCAACGAGGCGGAGCUCAAGCAGUGGUACAAAGGCUUCCUCAAAGACUGUCCCUCCGGCAUCCUCAACCUAGACGAGUUUCAGCAGCUCUAUGUUAAGUUUUUCCCAUAUGGUGACGCCUCCAAGUUCGCCCAGCAUGCGUUUCGGACAUUUGACAAAAACGGCGACGGGACCAUCGACUUCAGGGAGUUCAUCUGCGCCCUGUCCAUCACCUCCAGGGGCAGCUUCGAGCAGAAACUCAACUGGGCCUUCAAUAUGUACGACCUGGACGGAGAUGGAAAGAUCACACGCAUGGAGAUGCUGGAGAUCAUCGAGGCCAUCUACAAGAUGGUGGGCACGGUGAUCAUGAUGCGUAUGAAUGAGGACGGGCUGACCCCGCAGCAGCGCGUGGACAAGAUCUUCUCCAAGAUGGACAAGGACCACAAUGAUGAGAUCACCCUGGAAGAGUUCAAAGAGGCGGCCAAGUCCGACCCCUCCAUCGUCCUACUGCUGCAGUGUGACAUGCAGAAGUAGAGAGAGUGGGAUGGGUGGAGAAACAGAGGGAGGGAGGGGAGGGACGGGUGAAGAGUUGAACUGAAACAAGAGAAGGAAGGAGGAUGGGAGAACAGAUGGGCUGGGGAGGAGAGGGAGGGAUGCAGUUUGGGGAGGAAAUAGGGAAGCUUUUCUCCCUUUUUUUUUUUUUUAGGCAGUGAUGACGGGGAAUGAGCUAUGUUUGGAACACAGUGGACCCUCUGAUUGAUGCCAUUCUUUUCUUUCAGACCGUCCCGCUGUGCAGUACACUCCUGCAGCACUCCUGCUUCAGUCUAGCUGGGUGUCUUUACAAAUCCAAUCUGAUGAUGUGUGAAUUCCUGCAGCUCAUUGGGCACAGACCUGAGAAAUAUUGUAGGGAUUUACAAAGGAGAUAUGUAUAAGUGACACAGCCAGGCUCUGUGCCUAGCGUGUGAGAUUACAAGACUGCAGGGUGACUUAACUGCAAAGGUCUGCUGUCUUUAUGUAACACUUGCACAUUGUAUAAUUGCAGAGCAGGUUGCUUCCAACUGAUGUAAAUUAACACAGAUUUCAGUGGCCAUGAAGAAAAUAUAUUAGAGUCCCCAGUGACAGACAAAGACAAAGUGUCAAGACGACAAGUUGUGGUUUUUGUGGAGUGUUUUCUGGUUGAAGGGGUGUUGCAAUAUUUAAAAAAUGAAAUAUUGAUAUCAUUUUAAUAAUACACGUGAUUAUGUAAACACUUUGUUUGUGUCUGCACCUCCCAGCACUCAUAUUGUGAGAUAAAACACAGUAAAAGUUAAAGAUAAAUUUGACUUAAUGCAAUAUUUAUUUACUUUUUCAAAUUGUCUAUAGUUAUUGCAAUAGUAUCGUGAAUUCUUGGUGAUCUGACAGCCCUCACUGGUUGCCAACCAAGAAAUAGACUGGCUCAUAACCCCUGAUAUAACUGCAACUUGUCAUAUUUUUACCUUUGGGCAGAGCUAACUGUUUCAACCUGUUUUCAGUCUUUAUGCUAAGCUAAGCUAAUGGUUCUCUUGGCUCCAGCUUCAUAUUCACUGUACAGAUAUGAGAGUGAUAUUGAUAUUCUAACUCUUGUCAAGGUUUUAUAUUACUUUAGAGUAAAUUCUGUCACCCAGGAUGCUCAUUUCGAAACAAACCCAUGGUGUUUAGUAGCGGUGCAUCAUGGGAUAGUUUGAAAAAAAGAAUGGCAUCAAACCAACAAAGGGCCUGUUGUCUGUGAGAAGCGAAUUUUCUGCUGAUAGAGAGAGAAUCAUGUAAAUGAACAAUACCAUGAGCUGUGUGUUAGUUUGUGUUAUGGUGUGAAUGUGAGAAUGUGUGUGCGGACAUAACUAACUAAAUACACUUCAUGAACCCAGAUCAAACGUCCCUCACCCCCUGCGUGUGUGUGCAGUUGCAUUCAUUAGUUCCCCAACAGCCGCAACGGCAACCAGUUAAAGCACUUAAAGAAGCAUUUCCGAUAGAUUACAGCACGCUGUACGCACGCGUCACGCUCUGAGAGCGAGGCAGGCAGUGAUGAAUGUCUCAGACGGCUGCCUCCAGCAGCAUGGCGAAGCAUGCUGAUGUGCUGCUUAGUGACUUCUGGCUGCCCCGAGAGCUUUUCCACACAUGCUAACAAAAUCAAUGUCUCAUCAAAAUAAUUAUAUGUGUUUUAUUAAAAGGACAUUAAAACAACAGGAAGUGUGAAAAUUGACAUUAAUAAUAGUAUAUAAUAAGAAUAAUAAUUAUUAUAAUUAUUUGAAUGGCAAGAAAUUACUUCAUCAGCCUUACAUAAUUAAAGCCAUCCUGUGUAGAAUUUAUGUUUAUAGUCUCCCAAAAUUAGUUUUUAUCUUUCUGUCUGGGGACAAGUUGAUCCUUAUUUAAAUACUACACAUUGUGGUUUUAAAGCCCAUUUAAUGGCGGAUUUUGUGGUUUCAUUAGAUAGCGACAGGUGAAGAGGCCGACAGGAAACUUAUGCCAGGGAGACAUGCUACAAGGAAAUCGAACCAGCGAUCGCUGCUACCACGCUGUAACCACUCAGAUACCAAAAUUAUUAGUUUAGCAUUAACAUUCAAAAUCCUAGCUAAUGUGCUUCAUCAGGACUGCAACUUUGUACUCAUACAAAUGUUGCUCAGCUGUGAUUGGUGGACAGAAAUUAGUGACAUCGGCAUUUUCCUCCAGAGACCCGCCCCUUUUUAAAACACUGAGAAGAGCACAGUGAAAACAGCAUGGACAGAAAACUAAAAUUAAAUAACCAAAUCUUUUGUAACUUUGACAAAACAUAUUUAAAGCAUGAAGCUGAUGAACAGUAAAAUGUUUUGAUUGAUGAUAAGAGACCUGUCUAAUUAAUGAUUAUUUUAAAACAACGCAAUAACUCAUUCUCACGAGUUGUGUCAUUAUUCGCAAUUAUUGGAGUAAGUUCAUUAGCUGUAAUAGAGCUAAUUAACAAGCUAAUUUAUUAAGAAAUUGCUGUUUCUAUUUCUGGUAUUAUUUAACUAGGCUGAAUUUUAAAAGAGACUUUAACUAAGUCACAACCUGGCUAAAUUAUUAUAUAUAAAAAAUCUGAUUUGUGUUCUCUAUUGUAAAGUAAAACAAUUAGUUUGGGCAACAUUGGACUAACUUAACAGUGUGACAUACAGUAUAUGUGAUUAAACAGAAGCAGAAACAGGGAAAUAUGCAGAAUAAUAUGAAUCAUGAUCUCGCUUCACUAAAAAAGACCCACAAUUUGAGCAAGAGAACGAGCCGGGAGAACAGCACGGAGCGGGGAUAAUCAGGACAGUAAUUACAGGCCGUAUGACACAAACGGUAUUUCUCUGAAAGGCCAAACCUGCCUCCAUGAUUCAUUGUUGUUUCACAUGAAAAGCUGAAAUAGCUAUCUCUCCUCUUCCUCUCCCACUGUCCUGCUCUCCCCCCUUUUGUCUUCUUCCUCCCUAAAUGUCAGAGAGGAAGCGCUUUGAUAAUACGUGGAGGGAGAGGAACUUUGCUGAACUCAGCUCAGAUCUAAAAUCAAUUCGAAAACGAGUAAAAGGUUGAAGAGGAAGCCUGGGUGGGGUGCGCGUGUACUCACCUGCUUGUGAAUGUGAAUGAAUGUGGUAGCGGAUAACUGCACAGUUCACGCAAGUCAGUAAUUCCCAGCUUGUAGCUUAUGAUAACAACAUCUAUGUAUUCCAUUGGAUGAGCGGGCGGACUUGAGCUGGAGGUAUUUGCCACAUGUCUACAAGCACGCAGAGGCAUUUAUGCUCAGCGCGUUGUUGUUGGUGCAGUAUCCCCCAAACAUUGCAUUUCUGUGGUGUAAUUACUGACACUUACCUACAAAUCGAAAUUGUUCAUUUCAAGUCCUUUGGCCGUCCCUGUGGACUCUCAGGACGGGUCGUAGGGGUGUAGAAGUAAACCUGCUCGGUCAGUCGGCGUCCAUGCGCCUGUGACACUGCGGCACUUCAGUCUCUGUAACCAGGUGGCAUUCAGAGAAUUCUUAUUUAAUACUGCUCCUACUUCUUCUACUAAAAGCAUAAGAGUAUCACGUCCCGUAGUGAUUCAGUAAGUGACAUUGUGUGCAUUUUAUUUUUCAAUACUGGACCAUCCUGUCAAUUAUGGAUGGUUAGAUGAUACCACUGUCGCAUCUGUCCGUUAAAUAUGAAGUUACAGCCAGUUAGUUUAGCACAAAGAUUGAAAUCAGGCAGGCAGAUGUAGAAAGCUAAGCUAACUGCGCCCUGGCUGUAGAUAGCUAUAGGCAUAUUUGGCAUACAACCUUGAGAGAGGUAUCAAUCUUCAUACCUAACUCUCAGCAUAUUUACCAAAAUGUCUAUUAUUAUGUCUUUUAGUCAUAGUGACGAACCCCCUUAACAGUCCUGCAUUAGGAACUCGGACUCAUUGAGGCAGAUCAUUGCAUUUUUCCUUGUGAACAAUUCAAAAAUGUCAGACUUUCUGACGUCUCUGCAUUGCAGCAAAAACGUUUGACUUCUCUCCUAUCAGCAAAUCAGAUUCAUCUCCUCCUUCUCACCCAGCCAAUGAGCUCGCUCCCCCCCUACAGCCGAAGAACGAGCCUCCUUUGUGUGAUAAUGUAAUGAUAAACCUACAUGUACAUUAUGAUACGACUGUAAUCGUAUUUAUGAAUAUAAACUAAUAUAAUAUGUAAAUGUACCACUAGCUUAGACCUAAUUUCAUAUGAUGACACAGCUACUGUCUGUGUGAAUGUGUGUGUGUGUGAGAGAGAGAGUGACAGAGUGAGCCUGAGUACUAACUGUGAGUGCUUGUGAAAGCUGUGUGUGUGCUGUAUGUCGGGACACUUUUGCAAGUGUUCACAUGUGUUUUGUAUUUGUAUCAUUUGUGUAACAAAGAGAUGCCUCAGUCUAGUUAAACUUUGUAAAAAAUGGAGUGUAAGUCCUCACACUGAAGCACUGAGUAUUAUUACCCAAACCUACACUUGCUUUUGUGGUCCGCUGGUAUACGGUAUGUACUGUCUCCAAUAUGGGACGUGUCGUUUCGUUUGCUGUAGCCUACUGUUGCAGUUCUACAAAUAAUACUCACAUAUAGACGUUAUGUUUCACCAAAUGGCUUUGACGGGUCAGUAGCCAGCAGGGUGGGCGGAGGGGGGGAGGGGGCUUUCUGAAAUGGAGGUUGUUGAGAAGUUGUUGGCAGAAGCAGCCUGAGGUGUGAGGAGAGAGGUGUCCGUGAUAAAAAAAAAAAAACCCAACCCUGUCCUGUGUCACAGUGUCACCCAGUGGAUGGAGGUAUAAUGUCACACCUCACAACAACUCAACUACUGUACAGCUCCCCUUUGUUUAUUAUGUGAUGAACAUGCCUCGAGAUCAACAAUGUUAGAUGAUGCAAACAACUUGAUUAGUCAUUGUUCAGUCUUACAGUCUUGUGUUUCUGAAAAGAAGUGCAGCAAUCUGAACGUGGAGUGAGAUCAUUUUACUUUUUUCCAAUGUAAAUUUGAUUAUGUUCAUUUAAACAGAGACCAAGAUAAGUAAAACAAGCUGAUAAAGAGGCUGAACCUUUCUUAUGAUCUUAUUUAUCUUAUUUCUUAUGAAAUGGGGGUGUCUUAAGAAAAGAUGCAUGAAAAAAUAACUUACAUUUGUGGCCGGGAUCAGAAAGAUGAGUGCAAAUGAAUGCUCUGCUUGAUGUGUAAAUAGACAGUUCUCUGCUACUGUAACACAUUCACCAUAACAGCUUUAU